AUGUCGACUACCGCUCGUAGACGUUUGAUGCGCGACUUCAAGCGUAUGCAAACCGACCCUCCAGCCGGUGUAUCUGCAUCUCCUAUUGCAGAUAAUGUUAUGACAUGGAAUGCCGUAAUCAUCGGGCCGGCCGAUACCCCCUUCGAAGACGGUACCUUCCGUCUUGUACUUCACUUCGAGGAACAGUAUCCAAACAAGCCUCCCACCGUUAAAUUCAUCAGCCAAAUGUUCCACCCGAACGUCUACGCUACAGGAGAGCUGUGUCUCGAUAUCCUUCAGAAUAGAUGGAGUCCUACAUACGAUGUGGCUGCUAUAUUGACCAGCAUUCAGAGUUUGCUUAAUGACCCAAACACUUCAUCGCCUGCCAAUGUCGAAGCCAGCAAUCUCUACAAGGAUAAUUCCCGCGAAUACGUCAAGCGAGUUCGUGAGACUGUGGAGAAGAGCUGGGAAUCGUAG